AUGGAGGCAACUGCAGAUCUUCGAGACACGGCCAUGUUAACUCUGAAGUUUAAAUUUAAUCCAAGGCUGGGCAUUGACAAUCCUGUCCUCUCCCUGGCUGAAGACCAGGCUCAGUCUGAUCCCUGGAACCUGCAACGGCCUCGCUUCUGUCUGCUGAGCAGAGAGGAGCAGAAGAACUUUGGGUUCCAUCUGCUGUACCAACUGGGCAAGACUGACCAUGUGGUGUACAGGGUGGAUCCAGGCUCCUCUGCCCAGCGCCACGGUCUCCGGGAAGGAGACCGGAUCCUAGCGGUGAACAAUAACAUUGUGGACCAUGAGGACUACGCCAUGGUAGUGCGCCACAUCCGGGCUAGCGGUCCCCGGGUAUUGCUGACAGUCUUGGCACAGCACGUGCAUGACGUGGUGCGCGCUCAGCAGGGGAGCGAUGCCUUCCUUUGUCCUACCCUAGGAUCGGCAGUCAGGCCCCGGUUGUGCCAUGUAGUAAAAGAUGAAGGUGGCUUUGGCUUCAGCAUCACCCAUGGAUGUCGGGGUUCUUUCUGGCUGGUUCUCAGUUCUGGAGGAGCCGCUGAGAGGGCAGGGGUGCCCCCUGGGGCCCGGCUGCUGGAAGUGAAUGGGGUCAGUGUGGAGAAGUUCACUUCCAGCCAGCUCAGUAGGAAGCUUUGGCAGAGUGGCGAUCAGGUGACUCUGCUGGUGGCAGCGCCGGAGGUUGAGGAACGGUGUCGUCAACUGGGAAUGCCUCUCGCUGCACCCCUGGCAGAGGGCUGGGCACUGCCCGCCAAGCCCCGGUGUCUAAACAUAGAGAAAGGGCCUCAAGGCUUUGGCUUUCUGCUGCGUGAGGAGAAGGGCCUGGACGGUUGCCUCGGGCAGUUCUUAUGGGAGGUGGACCCAGGACUGCCAGCUGACAAGGCUGGCAUGAAGGCUGGGGACCGCCUGGUGGCUGUGGCUGGGGAAAGCGUGGAUGGGCUGUGCCAUGAGGAGACAGUGUCCAGGAUCCGAGCGCAGGGCUCUCGCAUCUCCCUCAUUGUCGUCGAUCCUGAGGCUGACCGCUUCUUCAACAUGGUACGGCUGUCUCCCCUCCUCUUCUUGGAGAACACAGAGAAUGCUGCCUCCCCUCUGGCAGAAACCAAGGACUUCGCAGCUGAAGACACAGUUGAGCCUUCUAGCCCUGUUGGUUCCCGCCAAUGCUUCUUGUACCCUGGGCCCGGAGGUGGCUAUGGAUUUAAGCUCUGCUGUGUGGCCAGUAGGCCUUGUCUCUUCAUUUCCCAGGUGACCCCAGGAGGCUCAGCUGCCCAAGCAGGGCUGCAAAUGGGAGAUGCAGUUUUGGAGGUGAAUGGAUAUCCUGUGGGUUCAGACAACGACCCGAAUAGGCUUCAGCAACUGACUGAGGCUGAGCCACCCCUCUGCUUGAAGCUGGCAGCUAGGGAUCCGCAGGACUUGGAAGCCUGGAUCUCCUCAGAGUCCGGAAAGGACUGGACCCUGCCUUCAGAGCUGCUAUAGGAUACCCCUGCUUGGCACAGAUUUGCCUAGUGGCUUUCCUACCCUUGCUCUGCACCCUGAGGUGGCAGAAGCCAGGAAUGGUCUCUCCAAACAGGAGCUGGAGGAUUCAGAUACCACGGAUCGCAGGACUUCCAGGGUCUUCUUCCAUUCUCGUGAGCCUACCUCCAGCGAGGGGUGUAGGCAGAGACCUCAGGCAGGCUCAUGAGGGAGCCCAAGUCUCCACAGGAUGUUAUGGAGAAGUUUUGAGGACCUGUGCUGCAAAUAUGAAUUUCUGCUCAAGAAAGUGAUGCUGUGGAGCCUUUUAGCAUCAAAGCCACCGAGAACUCAGGCUAGCUAUGAUUCUAGGGUUAUACGGCACGAGGAUUUGGAGAUCAGCCAUAUUUUCCUUCUGUGGACACCUUAGAAACUUGGGAGUUGGUUCCUGGCCACUGGAAUGUCCUGUUACUGUCUUUCCCAGUGGGCUGGUGAGAUGGCUCAGUUGGUAAAGGGGCUUGAUGCCAAGCCUGACAACCUGAGUUCGAUCCCCAGAACCCCAUGGUAGAAGGAGAGAACCAUUUCCAGGAAGUUGUCCUCGAGCCUCCAGAUGAGCACCUUAGUAUGCCACUGUCAAAAUAAAUAAGUAAAUAUAUAUAUAUGCACACUUAUGCAGUCUUUCCAUAUAAAUCUGGCUUUGUGUUUUUGUUGGUGAGGAUAAACCAAGGUAGUUUAAAGGAACCAAAAGUGUUCCAAGCCUAAGGGAAUGGGAUCUAGUUAGUUUCUAUAGGAGAGGCUUUAGAACUCUGUCCAUUUCUUUUUCUUUCUUUUUUCUUUUGUUCUUUCUUUCUUUCCUUUUUUUUUU